AGGUUCCGGAGCGAUGAUGUCACAGUGAUGUCACAGAACUGAAGCAGAGGCCGUCAUUGACAAUAUGGAGUCAACGGAGAGGCUGGUUUCCCCGACCUCCAGUCAGACCUCCAUAAGAGCUGCAGCAAACCCAGAAACCUCACCAACAACAACACACAGCAAGAGCGGUCAUUUGUUCCAAAUGUUUGGCAAUCAGGGUUUGGGAAUUUCUUCAGUUUCCGGUGCCUUUCCCAUGAUCAGUCACCCAGUCUUCAGUCUGCACUCCUCUUCUCCUGUCUGCUCUGAAUUCGGAGGUCUGGGAACUCUGGGAUUGUCGGCCGCUCUGGCAGCCCACUCUCAGAUCGGAGCUUUACCAGGCUCGUGCUGCCUGUCUCUGUGA